GUAAAACCCUUCCCACAAACCCCUAAACCCUAAACAAAUUCAGCAACCUCAUCACCUUCAAAUUGCCCUUGAAAAUGGCCAUUUUAUCAUAUGAAAUGAAUCUAUACAGUUGACACUACUUCACUUUUCACCAUUAUCGUAUACUUCUUCAAAUUCAUGGCUUCUCAUCCGCAACGACCUCUUUAUCUCUCUCCUACCACCACCACCACUCCUUUUGACUGUUGUGAUUUGCUAAGGAAGACUCCUCUUCAGCUCAAUACUCUCGAGAAUUUAUACUCAGAUGAUAAGAAUCCAACAGAGAGUAGACUGGAGGAUUAUGCUAUGGCUUUAGGUUUAACUUAUGAGCAGGUUAAAAGAUGGUUUGUUGACCGGCAUCGAAGAGACAAGCGUGAUGCUGAUAAAACUACUGGAGUAAAUGUGUCUGCACGGAAGACAGCGAAAGGGAGAAAAAGUAAACUGACUAAGGAUUUAUCUAGUUUUGAGAAAGGGGAGCACGAAAACUGUAUAAGAACACCUGUUCCUGUGCAAGAUAUGCUGUAUUCUUCGAAUUAUAUAUUUAAGAAGAUAUUUAGGAAAGACGGUCCUCCUCUUGGUGUGGAGUUUGAUGUUCUUCCUAAUACAUCAUGUUGUGGUCGCAUUGAUAUUACAGAUAAUAAAUACCGUUUGGUUGCAAGUCAAGAAGAGAGAGGAUCUAAAAGGAGGAAGGUAACAAAGACGACCAUCUUGGACUCUGAGCAGCAGAUUCAAAUGAAAACUCCCUUGAAGAAGCAUGGAAAAGGGAAAGGUUUAAUGUCAGUCUGGCAGCUGGUGAAUUCUCGUGCUUCUUUCCAAGAUAAUGUUGGAGCAUUCCAAAGAGAGAAGAUUCUUCCUGGUAAAAGCAAUGAUCCAGCUAAGCGUCAUGGCAAGGGAAAAGGAUUUAUGAAUGCUUCACAACUGUCAAAGAGCAAUUCCAAGAGGAAUAGACAGAGGAAAAAGCCUACGGUUUUGAGGAAGUCGGGGAAGAAAAUGCAGGAGAAAAGGAAGCCUCUUUCUCGACAGAGGAAGGUGGAAACUAGACGGGAUGAAAAUCAGAAAGCACGCAGAAGUUGUUGCAAAAUUGCUUUAAAUUUAGUGAGCUGUGAUGAUAAUCUCUGUUUGUUUCCUAUGCUUGUUGAUGAUGAAGAGCUUGAGCUGAGGGAGCUCCAAGCAGGUUCAAAUCCACUGACUUGUGGCGGUCAUUUUGCUGCUGCUGGAAACUAUGGCUGUUCCCUUUGCAAAGGUCUUUUGCCAAAGUUUCCCCCUGAUUCUGUUAGAAUGAGAAAGCCACUCGACAUUCACCCUUGGAACUCUUCCUGGGACCUUGAGAAGAAGAUUUUCAAGGUUUUCCAAUUUUUGUAUACUUAUGCUGUAGUACUCGAUCUUUGUCCAUUUACACUUGAUGAGCUUGCAAUGGCUUUUCACGAUAAGGAUUCCUCAUUAUUGGGGAAAUUGCAUGUAUGCCUUCUUGGUUUUUUGCUGUCUGAUAUUCAAAAGGAGAUGUCUAAUGGACAUUCCAUUCAUUCAAAUAAAAAUGGCAGGUUUCUGAAUUUGCUUCACAAGGCUGAGACACAAACUUUUAUAGUGGACUUUUGGAAGAAAUCUCUAAACCCGCUGACAUGGACUGAGAUAUUGCGACAAGUCCUGAUUGCAGCUGGCUUUGGAUUGAAAGAUGGUAAUCAAAGUAAAAAAGGCCUUUCCAAGGAAGCAGAUCAUAUGACCAAAUAUGGAUUGCGCCCUGGUUCAUUGAAGGGUGAAGUUUUUGGCAUUUUGUGUGAGAAUGGGAAUAAGGGGAUAACAGUUGCUGAAUUGUCAAAAGCUUCACAGAUCGUAGACUUGAAUCUUGGAAAAACAAGUGGAGAACUUGAAGAUUCGAUUUGCUUAAUAUUAGCUGGUGAUAUUACAUUAUUUGAAAAAAUCUCUUCAUCUGCAUACCGUCUGCGUUUAACUUCUAUCACAAAGAAAUAUGAUGAUGCUCUGUCGGAUGAUGAAGACUGUAGCAGCAUUUAUGAUGACUCCAGGGUUUCCAGUAUUCAUAGUACUAUUGUUGACUGUGACUCUGGAAAUUCUUCUUCAAAGCCUGAUAAGGAAAAUCAGUCUCCUGUAAAUUCAUUGAGUCUUUCCUCUGUUAUCGAUGAAAGUCAUCCUGGGGAAUCAUGGCUUUUAGGUCUCAUGGAAGGAGAAUAUUCUGACCUAAGCAUUGAGGAGAAGCUGAAAGCUUUACUGGCUCUUAUUGAUCUCGUUGGUGCUGUAUCCAGCAUUCGAAUGGAGGAUCCAUUAACAGCACUUGGAGAAUCCGUUCCCAGUAUUUAUCAACACCUAUCUGGGGGAAAAAUUAAGCCAUCAAAUGUAAGGCAACAUGGCAUGUUUUCCUCGUUUUGUAGUGAUAGAGAAACUCGUGGUGUAGAAAACAGGUUUCGGUCGACAGAAAACUGUCCUAUCGAUUCAUCAGUGGUGCUAUCAAAGAUGUGUGAGCAGGAUAAAUAUUCUGGCGAGAAAACAAGUUCAAAUGGUGCAGGACAUGGAGAUUAUUUACAUCCAGUUCAGUCUAUUUUUCUGGGUUCUGAUCGGAGACAUAACCGAUACUGGCUCUUCUUGGGUCCUUGUGAUGCCAAUGAUCCUGGACAUAAGCGAGUUUAUUUUGAGUCUUCUGAAGAUGGUCAGUGGCAAGUGAUUGAUAAUGAAGAGGCUCUAUGUGGCUUGAUGGCCAGUUUGAAUAAUGAUGGUAGAAGGGAAGCAAACUUGCUGGCAUCGCUGGAGAAGCGUAUGGAAUUGCUUCUCGAAGAAAUGUCAAGCUGCAUACCAGUUGAUGUUACCAUUAGCCAGUCAACUCAAUCUGGUCUAUCAGAGAUAGAUAGGAUCAAUGAAGAUAGCCCGUCACCUAGAUCUGAAAUAGAUAGCCUGUCAUUGAGUGAGACAUCAUGCAAUGCUUUGGCAUCAUCUUGUGUUGCGCCUUUCAAAGUGGGGAAAAAGGAAGACCAGAAACAGAAAUAUGAACGCCUCCAAGCCUAUGAUUCAUGGAUAUGGAAUGGAUUUUAUGCCAAUCUUCAUGCAGUUAGACAUCGAAAGCGGUCAUUCUUUGAUUUGUGGAUAAGAUGUGGAAGUUGUCAUGAUCUGUAUUGGCGAGAUGAAAGGCAUUGUAAGAUAUGCCAUACAACAUUUGAGCUUGACUUAGAUCUUGAAGAAAAAUAUACUAUCCACGUGGCUACAUGUCAGGGCUGUGAAGAUGCUGAUGUCUACUCGAUGCAUAAAGUUCUACCAUCAAAACUACAGGCUCUCAAAGCUGCAAUCCAUAUGAUUGAGUUGAUUAUGCCUGAGGAUGCUCUGAUUGGGGUGUGGAAAAGAUCUGCUCAUAAGCUUUGGUUACAGAGGCUCAAACGCACCUCUUCUUUACACGAGCUUUUGCAUGUUCUAGCUGAUUUUGUUAAUUCGUUGAAAUUGGAUUGGGUGUCGCAAUGCAAGGUCACUCUCAAAAAUGAAUCUCCAAUUGACGAUUUUGUUGAGCACUUUCAAAGUAUGCCUCAAACCUCAUCGGCUGUUGCGCUCUGGCUGGUGAAUUUGGAUGCCUUGAUUGCUUCACAGUUGGAUGAGGGAAUUGUAGUUGGAGAUGCUAAAGGACCAAAUUCUUCAGCAGCAGCAGUUCCAGUCCCGAUCUCCGUUGAUUAACAUUGAGACGUAUACCGAUACAUUGCUAGAAUACAUUACAGGCGGCAUGCUAUCCUAGAAAGGUCGUGAUCUUCAUACGAGAGCCCUUGGCAUAAUAGCUCGGAUUGAAAAGUUUAGUUUCGUUUAUUCGAAUAUCUUGGUCUGGUUGAGCAGUGUGAUAGUGUACAGUUAGAAACUUUUGACGAGGAAUUGAAAACGUCGCUGAUAAAACACUAGAAAGCAUUCGGAAGCAUCGAUACCCAUGAUUUGUUGUAGAACAAAUAUCGUGAAGCAUAUCAAAAUUUUGAGGUUAAGAAAUCAUAGUGUUUGUCUUAACAAUUCAUCUCUAUAUAUAAAUAAUUGAAAUCAAGUUUUUCUGCUGGAAGAAGCAGAUCAUAAAUUGAUAAUGUUAAUUAUAGUAAAGAGUAGUAUAAUUAAUAUCUAAUAUAGAUAAUCAUUAUUGUAAUACUAAUGACAUAAUUUUGUUAGUCGCAUAUCUAUAAAUCUCUUUUUUUUUUAUAUUUUUUUUAUUUUCCCGAAUCUAUACAUGUAAUAAGGACCAUAUCUAUAGCAAUUUCAUAUAACAUGUUU